AUGUUCCUGAUCCUUCUCAACAACAGACUCCACCUAGCACCCAUUCAAUCACCCCAGAAAAUUCUUGACCUCGGCUGUGGAACGGGAAUCUGGUGCAUGGACAUGUCGGAUGAACACCCCGGCGCCGAAAUAACUGGCAUAGACCUCUCCCCCAUCCAGCCCUCCUUCACACCACCAAACUGCAAAUUCGAAAUCGACGACAUAACAUCGCCCUGGACCUACCCGCCCUCGUCCUUCGACCUAAUCAACAUCCGCAGCCUCUACGGCUCCAUCGCCAACUGGCCCGCCCUAUAUGCAGAAAUAUACGACCACCUCCAGCCCGGCGGCUACCUGCACCAACUCGAAAUGAGCAUCCAGUUCAAGUCCGACGACGGCACCCUGACUCCGGACCACGUGCUGUCGCAGUGGAGCGACGUCUUCCACGAGGCCAGCGACAAGUUCGGCAAGAGCUUCUUCGAGGUCUGGAACCUCAGCACGUAUGUUCGGAAUCAGGGCUUUGUUGAUGUCGUCGAGGAGGUGUACAAGGUGCCUGUAAAUGGAUGGCCUGCGGACCCGCAUAUGAAGGAGCUCGGGAGGUGGAAUUUCUUGCAUUGCUCGCAGGGCGCUGAAGGCUGGGGCUUGUUUCUGCUGACCAGGGUCAUGGGCUGGAGUCCGACCGAGGCGCAGGUCUUCAUCGCAAAGUUCAGGAAUGGACUCAAGGAGAGGAAGGUGCAUGCGUAUUUUGAGGUUGUUACGUUUCAUGCGCGGAAGCCUGGGGCAUAG